UGAACCAGGAAGUGAGACAGUCGGUGUAUGCUGCCAUGGACAGUGUGAGCGAAAUCGGCUCUCACGGAACAAGUGUUUGGCGUUGAUGUGCGCUCAAAGGGACAUCGAUUGAGAAUGGAUUCUUGACAACUCCAACACAGUGUGGUAUUCUAUUAGUGUACAUUUAAGAAGUAAGAAUUAAGAACUGAGUGCUCGACAAUGAUGUCAGAAUGCGACCCAACAGGGACAUCGGAGCCCGCGUUGGACACCGAGACAACCGCGGUUUCGCUACCGCAGUCCAAUUCCCUCAACGCACAUCGUUCAAGAGUGUUAUUUGACAAGAGCACGCCGGACUCGGGGCUCCAGUCUAACCCCGGCUUUGCCGUUCGAAUUUUGGACUCGUGCGAGAGCGUCUUGACCGAGCUCGAGGCGGAAGGCUCCGGCGAAGACGCGUUGCUGUUGCCGUGCGUUGCUGGAAACUCGUCUCCACUUAAAAGCGCCCGAGACAAGAGCAGGCUGAGCAGACUCAGCUCAUCGUCGGAUAGAGACACGUUAGCCUCGCCAGGUAUCAACAAUGGGGACAUCAACCACUUCCCAGAUGAUCCUGAGUUUGCGGAUAUUAUCCAAAGGGCUGAACAAGCCAUUGAGGGUGGUGUCUUUCCAGAGAGGAUUUCGCAGGGCUCCAGUGGAAGUUACUUUGUUAAAGACCCAAAAGGGAAAGUCAUCGGUGUUUUCAAACCAAAGUCAGAGGAACCCUAUGGUCAUCUGAAUCCCAAAUGGACCAAAUAUUUUCACAAGCUCUGCUGUCCAUGUUGUUUUGGGCGGGGCUGCCUGCUGCCAAACCAGGGUUACCUCUCAGAGACUGCUGCUUCGCUAGUUGACAGCAAACUGGGCCUUGGUGUGGUGCCAAAAACCAAGGUGGUGUAUUUGGCCAGUGAGACCUUUCAUUACAGUGCCAUAGACAGAGCCAAAUCCAGAGGGAAGAAGUACGCUUUAGAGAAGGUGCCCAAAGUCGGACGACGCUUCCACAGAGUGGGCCUGCCACCAAAGGUGGGCUCAUUUCAACUGUUUGUGGAAGGUUAUCGUGAGGCCGACCAUUGGCUGAGGCACUUUGAAGCAGAACCCCUACCAGAGAACAUCAGAAAACAGCUACAGUCACAGUUUGAGCGGCUGGUGGUGCUGGAUUAUGUAAUCCGAAACACAGAUCGAGGAAACGACAACUGGUUGAUCAAGUAUGAGAAACCAGGCGAGUGCGACGGACCAAAGGAUUCAGAAUGGCCAGAGAACAGUUCCCAGCCUUGCAUCAAGAUCGCAGCCAUUGACAAUGGCCUGGCCUUUCCCUUCAAACACCCUGAUGAAUGGAGAGCCUACCCCUUUCACUGGGCGUGGCUCCCCCAGGCCAAAGUGGCUUUCUCCCAGGAAACCAGAGAGCUGGUGCUGUCCCGCCUCUCGGACAUGAACUUUGUGCAGGACCUCAGUGAGGAUCUCUAUGAGAUGUUUAUGAGAGACAAAGGUUUUGACAAGACCAUGUUUGAGAAACAGAUGUCCGUCAUGAGAGGCCAGGUAUUGAAUCUCACCCAGGCUCUUAAGGAUGGCAAGAGCCCUCUACAGCUGGUGCAGAUGCCUCGCGUAGUAGUGGAGCGCAGCCGAUCAGGUGGCCAGGGCCGAGUGGUAACCUUAGGCAACGCCUUCACUCAGACCUUCCACUGCAAGCGACCAUUUUUCUCCUCUUGGUAGAGGGGGAACAUCAGCCACUGGGGUUUUUUGGUUCCACCAGGGAAUGUUUUGAAGAAGUUGGAUGAAGAAUGUUUUUUCAUAACGCUGGUUGUGAUGGAAAUGUGUGAUCAGCAUAUGGCCGCAAGAAGUUUGUUUUUUGCGUCAAUCACAAUUAUCCUAUUCACAGAUUUUACAUGUGGGUCAAAGGACUAAAAAGGACAGGGUAAAACACCUCUGUGGUCCGCAAAUGUUUGACAUUCCAAGUAAAAUAAUGGGCAAUUCUAGAAAGAAAAAACAUUAAAAAAUCGUCACUUUGCCUUGUAUGGAGACUUACUGAGAUUUGAGAAUUAUAUGAUUAGUGUCACUAAAAUUGAUUAACACAAUGUUCCUUUCCCAAAUUUAUUGAGCAUACACAAAGCCAGUGUCGCCAACUAUUACAGUACCACUGCCAAACCCUUGUCUUCAAAAGGACUCUUGCAAAGCCUCAAGAAAAAAAAUAUAUACUGUAUACUCUUGUUGAAACUUGAAUUUAAACCUGGGCGGAAGAGGGAGACGACUUGGAAUAACAAUAUUGCUUGAAUGUAAUGUUUACUCUUUGUACUCUUGUUCUAAAACAUUUCACAGGGAGUGAAUGCUGUCAAAAACAAUCUCACAACACUGAAUGUAUUUGUUCUUUGACAUGUAUUUAUUUACCUCACAGCAUGGAGAGCCGCACCACUGUCAUCCCUCUGCGACUUAUUGUCAGAAAGUCAAAGCUGUGUAUGUAUGCUUCUUGACAUUUUUAUUCCAACAUGAUUGUAUGAGCAGAGUUGUAUAUUUAACAAAAUUAAUAAGAUUUGGGAGCAUUU